CCUGACAUGAGUUUUUCCUAUCAUCAUUCAACACUGGUUUGAAAGUGUAGGGAAUCAGGUAAGUACGUAGCGAAUUAUCAUGUAGUCGGUCGGACCACCUUGGUUUGCUUCGUUGGUCACAGUCUUUCGUGAUGGGCUUGUUGUCACCCGGGGAUACGAGUAUCCUUUUGCCUCGGAGCCCAAUCAGGCUGUCCUCGUUGCAAUGAGCCAGGUCGCAGUUACGUGGAAGGGCGAGAAAGGCGAAGGAAGAAAAAUGAACCCGGGUGGUUGGUCCUGGGGACGAUCGUUCUUGCAGCAGCAGGACCCCGUUGACGUCGCAGGAUUACACAGUAAGGACAUGAAGAUCGACAUGCCCGAAAUUAUGACGAGGGCAAGCAGCUGGGAGCGCAUACGAAAGCGAAGAAUACAAACGAAGCUACGACCAGGAUGUUGGUUAUCCUUUCUUCACGAGAUGAAAACUAUGAAAGAACGCAGAGCGGCUUGUUUUCUCGUAACACGUCCCACAAUAGCGAAUCUAGGUGGCUCCCGGGCGCUCAUCUUCACACUUUUCGUCCUUGCAGUUGCUUUUCUUCACCCCCUUCUCUAUUCUAACCUCUUCGCCCAGGCACAGAAGACGGUCGCGAGUCUUGGCGACCCCUGCGACUGCAAUCAGAACCACGACUAUUGGCAAACCAUGAUCGACACCAUGCUCCUGCACCUCACCCCGGAACUUCCGAACGCGCUGUUCGCGAAGGGGUCGGCGUCGGAGUCUUUCUUCGGGAAGCAGAGCUGCAUCUGGAGCUCGGACAACGAGGACUCGCACCGCCUGGCGGCGUUGUCCGACUGCAUUCCGGGGUUCGUGGCGAUGAAGAUUUCGUGUGUGCAGCACCUGGUCUGGAAGGCCUAUGAGGCCAUGACGGAGUCGAAGGACCCAGAGAACAACGACGAUCCGCUAUCCUGAGUAAAAACGUACCCACGCCAGAGUUGUAAUGCAGAUUCGCAAAGACAGGAUGACUUGUAAUGCGCAUCCCCAUGAGAGCCAUUUCCAAUCGUGUUUUGGAAUUUGUGAUGCUGUGAACAGGAUGAGCAGCUGGAUUUGUGACGCGGCUGCACUUGCUAACCUGCACUACACUGCAGCUUGUCAUGCGUGACUCACAAAACUCCUAGGUUUGUGUUGCAAAAUCCUCAUCCUAACUCUGGCGUGGGUACGUUUUUACUCAGGAUAUCCGCACUUUGUGGAUGCCAAAGCCAGCGUCGAUCUGGUAUGGCGCUCUCAACUGUUACAUUCUCAACUGUUACAUGAAUUUGUCAUGCAAAAACCGCAAUUGGGAAAGGGGCAAGCUUGCAAGUCUUGCAUCACAAAUUUGGCAUGGAUUUAGAUGCUAUUUAGCCCUUCGACAAUUUGUCAUGCGAAGCAGCUUGAUUGUCUUGCGGCUCAUGGUCAUUUUGCAUGACAAAUCAUGUAACAGUUGAGAAUGUAACGUUUGAGAACGCCAUAUCUGGCGCUGGGGCACAUGGCGGAAGUGUUGCGGACCGCGGCGUUCGGGAUAUAACAGUGCACAACUCCCCCUCCCCCUCAUUUGUCAUGCAAAAUACCCAAUCCACCCUUUGCCUCUUGGCAUUGUUUGCAUGACAAGUUCUGGUAGCCCAAAUAGCACUACACUCCACUGCAAAUUUGUCAUGCAAAAACAGCACUCUUUCUCUUGCUGAUGCUUGUAUUGCUGUUCAUGCUAUACAAAUGAGGGGGAGGGGGAGUUGUGCACUGUCAUACGGGAAAGAUUGCAUGGACGAGUCUGUGUGGCCGGUGUCGAUGAACGAUAUCUACACCAACUACAUCCGCUUUUACCGCACCCACAGCUACUACCGCGUCACCGAGAACAUGCUGAAGGCCCUGGUCUGGGUGUCCGAGACCUGCGCGACCUCCGCCGAUUGCGUGGGCGGCAACGUCGCCGGGCGUAGGUGCAAGCACGGUCGGUGCGUCGCACCCGAAGAUCCGGGGCUGCUUGCGGGAAAGGAUUCGGACGUGCAAUACUUCUGUGCGCAGCCCGGGGGCUAUCUGGACGGGGCGGGCCGUUGCUGGCACAUGGGCAACGAAGGAGAAUCGUGCAACGAAGUGUGCGAAUAUGCGGGAUCGAGGCCCGACCCAGCGUACUUCCCCGAUAAGCACCGGCACAUGACGACACCAAUAUUGCGGGCGAAGAGCGAGAGUGUGGUAUAGUACACAGGAAGCGUGCUGUUUAUUUUUCUUGUAGGUUCGGCCUCGGCAGCUUCCGGUGUUGGGUUUCUUUUGCUAGUGUUCUAACUAGGGGAAAGAAGCAGACGCACUAUCUACCUACCGCAUUGACGUAUCAUCGUCAACAUAAAAAUUCUCAUCCAGGUAAUCCUGUUGAUGAACGAUCCCUGGAUGGAGCAGGAGUGCUACGUGCGUUCACAAAGCCGUUUCCACCCAAGCAUCGAGAUCCCGCCCGCGUUGCGCGAGCGGCACCAGCUCCCGGAGAAGGAGGACUUCAGAGACCCGAACUGCUUGCUCUCCUGCCAGUGCGAAAAAAUCGCCGUCCGCCUCGACCAGAUCGGCACGGAGAAGGAAAAGCCUUUUUCCGAUUGCGUGUAUGACAUCCGGCACAUGUGUGUGUCCGAGGGAAUUUUUCGGCAGUCCGUCAACUACCACGAUCCCGAUGCUUUCGAGGAGGGCGGCAUGUUCCGCGCUUGUUCCGAGGUGGGGCAAACGCUGUUCAAGUUCGACAUGAGUUCCAAGCUCUACCCCGAGCACCCGAUUGCCACCGACAAGGUCGCGUUCCUGCUCCCCGUGACCUUCAAGCUCACGUCCACCUGGCACGGGCUGCAUUCUCUGGUCGCGCCGUUCGUCAUGCUGUACCUGGAGCCGGAAAAGUACGGGUUUUGGCAAAACGGGCAAAAAGUGGACCUCUUCCUGAUCAACCAAAACCUCGAGCGCGAUGUGGAGCACUGGAACAAACUUUUAGGGUACGACACCAUGAAGUUCGACGGCAGGUACGGCUGGUUCGCGCGCUUCCUGCAGGCUUUCGAGAAUGCGAACGUGAUUUCCCAAGGCUACGAAAACAUCAACCAGUGUUACGACAAGGUCGUGUUCGGCCACGAGCUGAUGAUGUACAGCGGCGGGGGCUACACGACGAAGGAGCACGUCCAGUUCUUCACGCGGAAGAUGAAGAACUUUUUCCUCGGCGGCGGGCUGCAGCGCAAAGGCGCAGCCAUGCUGGCGGAGGGGCGAGACCCGGAAGAAAAGCCGUUCUACCGCGGGCGCGCGAAGGGCGGGGACGAAAACGACGCGAACACGGUCUACACCUUCAUCGAGGAAAACGCCGACCAGGCGCGCGCGAGGAGGGCGCGGGAGGAGGAGAGACGGGGGCCACUGGUCGAGUUUUCGGACCCGCGGGACGGCUUCGUCGUAAAACUGCGGAAGGACGAAUUUUUGGAAACAGUUCACGCUCCAACAGAUGAGAGCAGCGGAGAAGGAGCUUCUGCUGGUACUAGUAGUGGUGCUCCACCUGCUCGCAUUGUCGAUGUGAACUGGCGGUUCAAGUCGGAGAAGAAGCUGUUUCUCGUGCAGGACCGAAUACCGGGGAAGUCGUUUCACCGGUUUGUGGAAAACAUGAACGACGUCGUACGUUACAUCGAGCUUGCGCUGGCGCUCCCCGGUCGCGAGGACGAGUGGGUGAUCGAGCGCCACGACUUUGCCGCGCUGGACUUCGUCGAGCAGGCCCGUCUCGCCAGCAAGUCGCGCAUCAUGUUCGGUGCGCACGGCGACGGGCUGGCGUGGGGCUUGUUCAUGGAACCGAACUCCGUCGUGAUGGAAGCCGUGCCGAUCCGACGCGGGGGCUACCAAGUCUGCGACGAAGGGCGGAACAAAAACCGACGGGGAAUUUUUGGCGGGCUACUCAAGUUCGCAAAGGAUGUCACACACGUACUUAUUGCUGAUUUACCAAUCUAGGUUUUUUCUUUUUGUUGAUGGCGUAAGUACCUACGUUAAGUGCUGCCAGCGUAAAGCAAAGGUCGCUGAAGUUUUCUAUGUCACAGUUGCAAUGGAUCGUGGAUCAUGCCACAAAAAGCGGCGAGACCACAUGAGCACCUUCAUCUGGGAAGAUGAUCACCGAGAUUCAAAUCUAGAUCAGAAUUCCAUUUACCUCCAUCACAGAUUUGCUGGGCGAACCCGCGGGGCGAGAAGUCGGCGAUCAACAUAACGACCGAUGUGUACGAUUGGAAUUGGCGCAUGCUGAACCUGGACAUUGACAUGAUGAAGCUCGCGCACUGGCUCCGCGUGGCGCUGUGGACGGUGAACGUAGGGUUAACCGAUGCGGAGUAUGCGCACGUCCAGAACGCGCUCGUCCAGUUUUACCAGGAGAAGGGCGAAUUUCCUCCGGCCUGGGGGGAAAUGAACGAGCAGCUCGCGGCCAUGAACCAGCAACACGGCUGAAGUGCUUGUCCUUGUGAUGAGUUCUGGGCCGCAGUACUUGGAGGACUUCGGUUCAUCUUUUAUGCAGUUGUUGAGCUUCAAUGUAUGAGUUAUCGUUUUCAUCGAGCUUCUUGAACUUCUUUUCGUCUACUUGGACUUCGUUAUCGGAAACCUCUCAAAAUGAAUUUCAACAUUAACGUCAACGAACUCGUGUAGUCACCAUCCACAUUUACAAUUUCUGAACAUCGCAUUCGUUCCGCGCUGCGCAUAUUGGAUGACAUACAAGAAAAGCAUACUGUGUCCUCUCUGGUAGUCUCGUAGAAUGCACUAGGCUUGGACACUUGGAGAAGGUGGUCCAGCUUGUCAAUUUCACCAAGAGUCGUAAGUACAGCAAAGAACAAAGUAGACAAGCGAUGUAAUGUCGCUAUUUGUUGCAUCGAUCCUGUUUGGGGUCCUCCCAGAAGACGCACAUUUAU